CUAUAAUCCCGUACCCGAUUUUGGUAUGGCAUUUAGAGCCUCUUAAUCGUCCCUUCGAAGGUUCAAGUGACCGAACAGGUACCAGCAAGGUCCAAUGUCUACUCCUGCGUUGUCCAUACGCGGGACUACGGCAAGUGUCAACUACCCCAAAGACUUCGCAUUAUGGAAUAUCAUCUCCAACCUUUGGGAUCCUGAAUCGAACCCCGACGGCUAUGUUUCCCUCGGCCUCGCAGAAAACGCGCUCAUGCACAACGAGCUGCGCGACUUCCUCAACUCCCAGAAACUAUUGGAUCCUCAGGCUGUUGGCUUCACCUACGGCAGCGGCCCCUACGGAUCCAAGAAUGUACGAGCGACCAUUGCCAAGUUCAUGAACCACCACUUCAAGCCCGCUAGACAGCUGCAGCCAGACCAGGUUCUAGUCACAAAUGGUGUGUCUGUCGCUAUAGAACAUUGUGCCUGGGGUCUUGCAAACCCCGGCGAAGGCAUCCUACUCGGACGCCCAUACUACCGCGCCUUCCUCCCAGACAUCUCCAUGAGAACCGGCGUCAACGUGGUCCCAGUAUCUUUCGGCAGCGCAGAUCCAUGUAACAUCGACUGCGUCCACGCCUACGAAUCUGCGCUCCUCAGAUCAAACGAACAAGGCAUCCCAAUCCGCGCGCUCAUGUUAUGCCACCCACACAACCCCCUCGGUCGAUGCUACUCGCGCGAAACCCUCAUUGCUUUGUUACAUCUGUGUCAGAAGUAUAAGAUCCACCUGAUCAGCGACGAAAUCUACGCCCUGACAGUCUGGGAAAACACCAUCGACUCCACCGGCCCAGCACCCAUCCCCUUCUCAUCCGUGCUCUCUAUCGACCUACCCUCCAUCAUCGACCCCUCGCUUGUGCACGUCUUGUGGGGUAUGAGUAAGGACUUUGGGGCCAACGGACUACGACUCGGCACUAUCGUUUCGCCUUCGAACCCGGCAUUUAUCCAGGCGUGUCGCGCGUGCGGGAUUUGGUCAAGCCCGUCGAGUCUGGCUGAGAAUGCUGUGUGUCAUGUUCUGAACGACAAAGCGUUCGUGGAGAGUUAUAUCAGACUGAACAAAAAGCGUCUCUCAGUCGCUUACACACAUGUCAUCACUGAACUGAAAAAUAACGGGAUUGAGUACAAUCCUGGUGCGAAUGCGGCGUUCUUCGUGUUGGUUAAUCUGGGGAAGAUGUUCAGGGAGAACUUCACAGCGGGUUUCGAAGAAGGGCAGUUGGUUGACGAUGUAGGGAUUACGGCGAAGGUGCACGAGCGGCUCAUGGCGAAGAAGGUAUACCUGGUCGACGGCGAUGCAGCAGGCGUAGAAGAACCAGGCUGGUUUCGACUGGUGUUCACGCAACCGCAGGAGCUAGUGAGCGAGGCUAUUGGGAGGGUUGCUGCUGCGCUGAAAGCUUGAGGAUCCCCAUGCAGAAAAUUGUAAUGUUAAUAUGGGCUUGCACUUCUAGAGCCCCCGCAGGCAUGGAAGGCAGUCUGGUACAUAGAAG